AUGUCAUCCAUGGAAAAAGUCUUCGCCGGCUACGCCGCCCGCCAGGCAGCCCUCACAGCCAGUACCAACCCCCUCUCCAAAGGCAUCGCCUGGAUCGAAGGCGAAUUCGUCCCUCUCUCCGAAGCCCGCAUCCCCCUCCUCGACCAGGGAUUCAUGCACAGCGAUCUCACAUAUGACGUUCCCUCCGUCUGGGACGGCCGGUUCUUCCGUCUCGACGACCACAUCACGCGCCUCGAAGCCAGCUGUCGCAAACUCCGUCUCCAACUGCCCCUUCCCCGAGACCAAGUCAAGCAGAUUCUCGUGGAGAUGGUGGCCAAAAGCGGUAUCCGCGAUGCCUUUGUCGAGUUGAUCGUCACGCGUGGUCUCAAGGGUGUCCGCGGCACAAAGCCAGAGGACAUCUCCAACAGUCUGUACAUGUUCGUUCAGCCGUACGUGUGGGUGAUGGAGCCGGAGGUACAGCGUGUAGGCGGAAGCGCCGUCAUCGCCCGCACUAACCUGCAAUGGGGCGAUUUGACGCGGGGUUUAUUCGAAGCCAGCGAUCGCGGCGCUAUGUAUCCGUUCCUCACAGACGGCGACGCCAAUCUCACCGAAGGAUCGGGGUUUAAUGUCCUCCUGGUCAAGGAUGGUGUGCUGUAUACGGCUGACCGAGGCGUUCUUGAAGGCGUGACGAGGAAGAGCGUGAUUGAUGUUGCGGUGGCGAGUGGGAUUGAGGUUCGCGUGCAGGUUGUGCCGGUGGAGAUGGCGUAUCAUUGCGAUGAGAUCUUUAUGAGUACGACGGCUGGAGGGAUCAUGCCGAUUACGAUGCUGGAUGGAGAGCCUGUCAAUGGGGGAGAGAUUGGACCGGUUACAAAGGCGAUUUGGGAUGGAUACUGGGAUUUGCACUACAAUUCGGGAUUUAGCUUUGAGAUUGCCUAUUAG